AUGCUACCUAGGUACGGUGCAAUUCUUGCAAAGAUCGUCUCAAAUCUCUUGGAACCAAUAUCAAGGUAUUGUAUCUCCCACGAUGGAGAAGGUUUGAAUGUCACACAUGAAUGUUUCUCUUCACCUUCAUCCACAGAGGGUCAACAGAAGAAAGACAAGCCUUGCGCCUCACACCCUCCAUUCCCCCGCCGCUUCCUCCACAAUCCGUCCUCCCCACACGCCAAUGAUGAUCGAUCGGCACAUCAUUCCGUUGAUGGAGAAGUGGACACAGCCCUGGAGGACUCUAUCCUCUCAAGAAAAGAAGAGCCGCAGAGGCGCCGAAAGUUGCAUUGGCUUCUGCCUUCCAACACACGCUACCUAAGUACUCUGCACACGCAUUGGCUUGUUCGGUUGGAUGAUCGACACCAAACGACCACCGUUUCCCUCCAGGGCUUCCUCCGCCGCCGCCAGAAUGUGGAGAGAAAGGUGCAGAAGCCUUGUCCUUCCGCCAUCUCCAUCUCCAUGUAUACAUGUAGAUCGUCCUGUUCCUGCCGAGUAUGGCCCCGAUUGAUUGAAAAUGACAUCCGUGGUCGAAUAAUCGGGCCGAAUAGGUCAUUCCUACCACACGUGCACGUUCGUCUCUUGGGAAUCAAUUGCAGAUCGACAUCUGACCGGGAGGUGCAAGUACCAAUCGAGGAGGGCAUGCUCCAAUUUGGCUCGCUGCUGGAGAUCUCCGCCGAUCGACUACAUUGAAUUUGGUGAGGCAGUAGACUCGCUAGUGACAAGCCUCGCCAACAGCUAUAGAACAGACAGAUGAAUCAAGAAAUGCAGCAAGGGCGUCUUGAAGAUGUGUGAUAUAGCAGGCUCCGAUAGAUGAAAAAAAGA